GCAAAUACGGCUUUGACUGCCACGUAGUCGUAUGAUUCACCCAAAAUAACGAACUACUGGAUAAAAAUGAUCCUUGUUCGCACCGUUUCUCGCCAUCCAAACACCAAACCUCAUCCUCUCUCUUUCUCAAUCACACUCAAUAAUUACUUCACUUUUUUAAUUUUUGCUUUUUAUUUUUUAUAAAUUCCCUAACACCCCGUAAAAUCUUUCUAUUCUUUGAUACAGCACUGUGUUGUCCUCAACCAGCUGGAGCCAGUAGCCGACAAAUAAUAAAUAUCCCUGUUUUUGUACAAUUCAAUUUAUCCCAUAGCCGAUCCAUAUUCGCAGUGCUAUUAUUAAUCUUUAAAUUAUCUUUAUAUUUGAUCUUUUAUCUUCGAUUCUCCUUUUCUUUUGGAACCAUUUUUAUAUUAUGCAAACCAAAUUUUGAUCUUGAUAAAGGAAAUCAACAUGUCUGGACCGUUGGAUCUCUUUGCUAUACCUUGUUUUGAGGGUUCUUCUGGGAAUGAUGAAAAAAGGGAAAGGAAAUCUGAUUUUGAGAACUCGGAGGAAGACAGGAGGACUAGAAUUGGGAGUCUGAAGAAGAAAGCAAUGAAAGCAUCUAAAAAAAUCAGACGUUCUCUCCAUAAGAGGAAAAGUAAAAGUAACCGAGAAGGAAUUGCCGCGAUUGAAGAUGUGCGGGAUGUUGAGGAACAGCAAGUUGUAGAUGCUUUUAGACAGGCACUCAUUGGAGAUGAAUUGCUUCCUUCUAGACAUGAUGAUUAUCAUAUGUUGCUAAGAUUCUUGAAAGCAAGAAAGUUUGACAUUGAGAAAGCAAAGCAAAUGUGGGCCAAAAUGAUUCAAUGGAGGAAAGACUUUGGUACUGACACAAUUAUGGAGGAUUUUGAGUUUAGUGAGUUGAAUGAAGUUUUAAAGUACUACCCUCAAGGUAAUCAUGGUUUGGAUAAGGAGGGGAGGCCUGUCUACAUUGAAAGACUAGGGAAAGUUGAUCCCAGCAAACUAAUGCAAGUUACCACUAUAGAACGAUAUUUGAGAUUUCAUGUGCAAGAGUUUGAAAAAAGUUUUGCAAUUAAAUUCCCAGCCUGUUCUAUCGCUGCAAAGAGACACAUUGAUUCAAGUACAACUAUUUUGGAUGUGGAAGGAGUGGGUUUGAAAAACUUUUCAAAGAGUGCACGAGAACUGCUCACACAACUCCAAAAGAUUGACGGUGACAACUAUCCCGAGACACUCUGCCGAAUGUAUAUAAUAAAUGCUGGUCCUGGUUUUAAGCUGCUCUGGAGCACAGUGAAAUCUUUUCUUGAUUCCCAAACAGCUAGCAAGAUUCAUGUUCUUGGAAACAAAUACCAGACCAAAUUACUUGAGAUAAUAGAUAAAUGCGAGUUGCCAGAAUUUCUAGGCGGUACCUGUAAUUGUGCAGAUCAAGGUGGUUGUAUGAGAUCUGAUAAGGGUCCAUGGAAAGAUCCAGCGAUUUUGAAGAUGGUCCUCAAUGGUGAAGCUCUAUAUUCCAGACAAAUUGUAACAAUUUCAAAUAGUGAUGGCAGGGUAAUUGUUUCCAAUAAGCCACGUUAUCCAGCGGUAAAAACUAGUGAUACAUCUGCUGAGUCAGGAUCGGAAGUGGAAGAUGUUGCAUCCCCGAAACCAACUAGAACUUAUUCAGUCCCAAAAUUGACACCUGUUUGCGAAGAAGCUAGGGUGGCUGGUAAGGCAAGUGUUGCUGGAGUCCUCUCUGACUAUGAUGAAUAUAUUCCCAUGAUUGACAAGACUGUGGAUGGGGGAUGGAAGAAACAAGUGUCCUUCCAAGAACAACAUACUUGCAGAGGAACACCACCUCUGCCAAGUAUAGGUAAAACUCCUGAAGGAAUCUUUGCUCGUAUUUGGGCCCUGCUGUUGGCAUGUGUGAUAGGCAUUUUUGCCUUUAUCCAAUCACUGCCGAUUUGGGGAAAUAAGAAAUACCCUGCGGAUUAUUCAGUCUCUGAUGACACUGAACCAACUUUUGAACCGGUUUUGAAAGAAGAGUCCCGUCCCCCUUCUCCUGCUCCAGGAUUUUCACAGGCAGACCUUCGCUCGUCCGUCAUAAAGAGGCUAGGUGAGCUUGAAGAGAAAGUCGAGAUGCUACAGAUGAAGCCUUUUCAGAUGCCUUGUGAGAAAGAGGAGCUGCUGAAUGCUGCUGUUUGUCGAGUGGAUGCAUUAGAAGCAGAGUUAAUUACUACGAAAAAGGCUUUGCACGAAGCUUUAAUCAGGCAAGAAGAGCUUCUUGCAUUCAUAGAUAGACGAGAGGAAGCCAGAUUUCGGAAAAAGAAGUUCUGCUGGUGAAGAAGAGUUAUUUGUAGAGGAGGAAUUCACAAUUGAUUCAUCUCUAUAGCUCACCUUCUAGAUAAGUGGUCGAUACAUACAAAUUCCAUUUACUAUCAGAAUCAAAUGAACGAAAGAAGUUUAUAUUUUAUUAUAUGCUCGGAAAUAUGUAUAUAGAGUUUGCUCUCAUGACAUUCCUUGAAUGUUAUAUGGUUUGCUGUCUGUUGGGGAGUCCGAUAUUUAUACCAAAAAGUUUAACUGCAAUUUCAUUUAAA